AUGACGGUCUCGGGUCAGCCAGAGGCCGCUCUGUCUCCAUUGCCAAAGGCAGACGGCUCCGCGACAUACUCGUAUGCAGGCUACACCAUCACCGCAUCUGCGAAUGGACCCAUCGAGGCUCAAAGACGGGAUGAGCACCCGUAUGAGGCCCUCGUCGAUGUCAUCGUACGACCGGUAGCAGGGGUCGGAGGCACAAGAGAACGACAUCUCGAGUCGAUUCUGCAGUCGUCUUUAAAGCAGAUCAUCCUCGUGAAGAACUUUCCUCGAUCUCUCAUCCAGAUUGUUCUUCAGAUCACCACUUCACCUGAGAAUGAAUACGCCAACACAAAACUGGUCCAAGCCAGCCUGGUACGCAUUCUCCGACUAAUUCUUGUCACUACACUAUUCCUGCUCAUGAUUUUGCAACACGCAGAUGCUAACCCAAAAUAUCAGAAUUUGCCUAUCGUACCAGCCUUGUUACAGACUGCGGUGCUCGCUUUGCUUUCUGGAGGUAUACCCCUCAAGACGACAGCGACAGCAACCGCCGUAUCAGUUGUUAUCGAGGAUGGGAACAGCAAAUUUGUAGCAGACCCCUCUCCCCGCGAGGGGGAGGACGCGCAAUCUACUCACGUCUUCGCCUUCACCUCGCAUGAUGAGCUGCUCCUAGUGGAGAGCGAAGGCGACUUCUCGAUGGAAGAAUGGCAGGGUGCUCACGACACAGCAAAGCGGAUCUGUUGCGAAACCAGCAAGAAGGCUGGCGUCGAUAUGAUUUUGGAUGAUGAAAACUCGGAGGGGCCCGACCUACGACACUUCAUUCGCUCAGCAUUAGAAGCCAAAGUGGCUUCUGAUCUCCACUGGAAGUGA